GGUGGUAGCGCGGGGCUGGGCCGCAUCCGUCCCCAUCCUCCUCCUCCCCGCUCCCUGUGGCUCCGCCCUCGAGGGGCCGAGCAGCGGGGUGCGGGGCCGAGCGGAGUGGGCUGCUCUCAACGGUUACUUCUGGCUCUGUGCUCAGAAAUUGCUCCUGGCAGGCAUGGGGGACCAAAUGGGAUGCUGGGAUUCAAACCACUGUCCGUCCUGGAUCGGCUGUGUGCAAGGCAAAUGCUCUACUGCUGUGCUAUCUCUCCAGCCCCAACUAAACCACCUUUGUGCACUUGAUAGGUUAUCAUUUAGCAUGGAAGAAGAUGAAUUCUUUGGAGAAAAAGCAUUUCAGCAUUAUUGUGCAGACUUUAUUAAACAUUCACAGCAGAUAGGAGAUGGUUGGGAAUGGAAAACUUCAAAGGACUGUUCUGAGGGCUACAUGUGCAAAACACACUUUCAAAUUAAAAGCAGGACCAAUGCUUCACAUUCGGAAGCAUCUUCCCACGGGCAGGCAUGUGUUCCAUUGGAGGAGACUCUAGAACUACCCUGGGAUGAUUUUGAAGUGACCGAGACCUCAACAGCCAUGGAAGUGAUUAAAUACGAGUAUCAUGUCCUAUAUUCCUGUAGCUACCAAGUGCCCGUGCUUUACUUUAGGGCAAGUUUUUUAGAUGGAAGACCAUUGGCUUUAAAGGACAUUUGGGAAGGAGUCCAUGAGUGCUAUAAGACACGGCUGCUGGAGGGACCUUGGGAGACAAUUACCCAGCAGGAACAUCCCUACUCGGGGCAGCCCUUUUUUGUACUUCAUCCCUGCAAGACGAAUGAAUUCAUGACGCCAGUGUUAAAGAAUUCCCGGAAAAUCAAUAGCAACAUCAACUACAUCACAUCAUGGCUGAGUAUCGUGGGGCCAGUCGUGGGUCUCAGUCUGCCUCUGAGUUAUGCUGGUGGUGCAGUCCCUCAGAAUCAAUGAAAUGUUGGUGCAUAAGAUUCUUCUAUUGAGCCCAGGAUCUUAGAAAUUGUAGCAUGAAAAAUAUCAAGAGUUUACCUGGUCUGCCCUGGCUUAAUAGGACCAAAGCCUCUGCAAUAUUUCAACUCUCCGAGAUUGCAACAAAGAUUUUUAUUUCCCCUUGAAGCAAUUGUCUGCUGCAACUGAUAUACUGUCUGUUUAGAAGAAAUGCCUCAAAGACACAAAUAUAAUUUUUGCUAUAAAUAACCAAAAAUGAGUCUAAAAUGAUAGAAUACUGACAUCAUUAGGGUGCUUCCAGGUCAUUCUUUUCUGGUCCAAGCACUUCACAUCUCAUUUUCUGAUAUGGAGCUUGGUGAAAAAAUGAGUUGUGGGCUUGUUUUAAUAUAAGAUAUAUGAAUUAAAACACAGGAUUUAAAUGUCCCUGGAAGCAAUGUCAUAAA